AUGACGACGACAAAGAAGAAGAAACAGCAAGACAUUCGGGGAGACCAAGUCACGGUUCUAUGUGUGCUAAAGAGAAAUGCCAAAUCAGCGAAACAAGCCUUGGAAGGAAUUCAUGCCUUGCACAAAAAGUAUCGAAUGAUCCCAUCCGUCAAUUUCUCUGACUGCAUUGCAGUCCCCAUCAUACUUCCAGUAUUAUUCGACGAAGAAGAGAAGCAACAGGGUGAAGACAUUCGUAGUACUAGCGAGGGCGAGCCAAGUCCAGAGAACUUCGCCCAUGCAGUGGUGGAAGAAUGGAAACAAACUUAUGAAUGGGAUUGGAUUCGACAUGUCGAUCGACAACUUUGUCCCUACAGUACAGCAGUCAUGGGGAAUCAGCACCACUUGAAUGCUUCCAAUAACAGUCAAGGCCAAUUUUCGGAUGGCUUAGGCCAACAAGAUUCGAAUGCUGGUGGUGCCUUGGUAGAAGGUCUGACAUCUGGACAACAGGCGUUGUAUCAUGUGAUUCGAUAUCUUGCGCAGGAAGAAAGGGAACAGCAGUCAAAGCAGCAACAGGGCAAUAAUGAUAUUUCAUUGAAAAAAGAUAUUCAAUCAUUGGAUAUGACAAUCUGUCCCAAAAAGCUGGAAGUGUUUGGAGACGACCGUACGGUGGUGUUGCCACCAACCGCAUUUCCAAUCUCCACCGUGGACCAACUUUUGGAGGCCCAUGUCCUUCAGAGUAUAAAAGUUGCUGACGACACCAAUAAUGAAUCUUCGAGCAGUUGUUUGAAGAGGCUUCGUCAAGACUUUUGGAAGCAAUUGGCAGCCUUUUACAAGAGUCAGCGGAUCGCAAGACGAGGAAAAGUGGACCCCGAAAGCAAAAUACGAGAGAGUGGUCAUCGCUUGAUCUGGCCAAAUAGUCAAGGGAUUCCAGAUGAAACUGGACCCGGUGCCCCUGGUUGGAUACGAGUGACGGAACAAGGGAUUGGCCAGUCGUUUGAUAUGUGCCGCGUCAUGUUCAGCCGGGGCAACAUUUCCGAGAAGAUUCGAUUUGGCAAAUUGGUUCAGCCUGGUGAGCGCCUUUUGGACAUGUACGCUGGAAUUGGAUACUAUACUCUGCCUGCUCUUGUCAUUGGCAAGGCAGCUCACGUGGUGGCCUGUGAAUGGAACGAGCAUGCGAUUCGAGCCCUUAAGUUCAACGUCAAAGACAACAAGAUUAGCGAGGAUCGCGUGACAAUUUUGAAAGGGGACUGUCGGGUCGUAUGUCAAGAGCACGGAUUGGUGAAUCAAUUUGAUCGUAUCAGUCUUGGUCUACUUCCUAGCGCGGAAGGAGGCUGGAGGACAGCCAUCAAGGCACUAGGACCAAAUGGUGGUUGGCUUCACAUUCAUGCCAACGUACCAGUUGCUGAAGUGAAUGAUUGGUCUCUUUGGAUGUCACGGGAAUUGUGGAAUCUAGUCCAAGAAGAACGCAGCAGUGACGAAGUGAAUGAACAGUAUAUUGGCAACAAUGAAGAAGAUGCUAGUGGCAAUAAGUGGAUUGUAGUUUGCCAUUACGUUGAAAAAGUCAAGUCCUUUGCGCCAACUGUGGCCCAUUUCGUUGCAGAUGUCUACGUUGGAAGACCCUCUGGGCUCAAUUCCUCGAGCGCUAGUUGUCAAGAUAUCGAUCCUUCUUGUACGACGGCAGUAGUGGUACAGACUGAUGGCACUUUGAUUCACUGUCCAGAGACAGUCAAACCACCGUCUUGUGCGUUGUCACCCGAUGGCGUGCUCUCACAAGAAUGGAUGAGGUGA